AUGAUGGACAUUAGUGGUCUGACCACUGUGGUGGCCAAUUCAGCCUACAUCUCAGCUCGUGGCAGCUUUGAUGGCACAGCCAACCCUGCAGCAAACCGGGAUAAGAAGUACCAUUCCAAGCUGAAGCUCCCUCACAUCACAGUGUGUGAGGACCUGCAGGAGAAGCUGGACCUGCAGUUCCAAAGCAUAUGUGUGGAGCAGCCCAUUGGAAAACGUCUAUUUCAGGAGUUCUUGGAGACUACUAAUGAGUACAAGGGUCCUGGACGGUUGUGGAAGGAUAUUGAGGAGUAUGACACAGCUGAGGACAAGGUCCGUGCCCAGAAGGCUUCAAAGAUCCUGGAGCGCUACAUGGAACCUUCUGCCAAGUAUUUCUGCCCCUUUUUGCCUGAGAAUGGCAUCACCAAGGUCAAAGAGAGGCACCAGGAUGCUGCAGAUGACUUAUUUACAGAGACACUACAGAAUGUGCUGGACUUUCUGAAGGAGGUUCCCUUCACCUUUUACUUGGAAACCAUGUACUUCAAACGGUUUCUGCAGUGGAAGUGGCUGGAGAUGCAGCCCAUCGGGGAGGACUGGUUUCUGGAUUUCCGCAUCCUGGGAAAGGGUGGCUUUGGGGAGGUGUCAGCCUGCCAGAUGAAGGCCACAGGCAAGCUCUAUGCUUGCAAGAAACUCAACAAGAAGAGGCUCAAGAAGAGAAAAGGCUAUGAGGGGGCAAUGGUAGAGAAGAGGAUUCUUGCUCGAGUUCACAGUCGCUUCAUUGUGUCAUUAGCCUAUGCCUUCCAGACUAAGACUGAUCUUUGUUUGGUUAUGACCAUCAUGAACGGAGGAGAUCUCAGGUUCCACAUUUACAAUGUGGAUGAAAACAACCCGGGCUUCGAGGAGCCACGUGCCUGCUACUAUGCUGCUCAGAUCAUCUGCGGUCUGGAACACCUUCACCAGAAGAGGAUUAUCUACAGGGACCUGAAGCCUGAGAAUGUACUUCUAGACAAUGAAGGUAAUGUCCGCAUAUCGGACCUUGGGUUGGCAGUGGAGCUGAAGGAUGACCAGUUUAAGAUCAAAGGCUAUGCUGGAACUCCAGGGUUCAUGGCCCCAGAGCUACUGAAAGGUGAGGAGUACGACUACUCAGUGGACUACUUUACCCUGGGUGUUACUCUGUAUGAAUUUAUUGCGGCCAAAGGUCCCUUCAGAACACGAGGGGAGAAGGUGGAGAACAAAGAAGUGAAGAAGCGAAUUCUGAAUGACCCAGUGACCUAUACUGAAAAGUUUAGCGAGAACGCCAAGUCCAUCUGCGAGGGGUUACUUGCCAAAGAGGUGGACAAGAGACUGGGCUUUAAGAAUGGCGGCUGCGAUGAAUUACAAGCGCACCCAUUCUUCAGUGGAAUCAACUGGAGAAAGCUGGAAGCAGGAAUCCUACCACCACCAUUUAUUCCUGACUCUAGGACAGUAUAUGCCAAGGACCUGGGUGAAGUGGGUGCCUUCUCCACAGUAAAGGGAGUAGCUCUGGAAGACCCUGACAAGGAGUUUUUUAAUGAGUUUGCCUCUGGCAACAUUGCCAUCCCAUGGCAAGAGGAGAUGAUUGAAACAGGUAUAUUUGGGGAACUGAACCAGUGGGGUCCUAAUGGUGGUGUCCCCAACGACCUACGGCGUGAGUCAAUCCUAGAGCAGCCUCCCAAGUCUUCAACCUGCUCUAUCUCAUAG